UAAGACCUAAUUCAAAAAUCGACGCCGGUCAGUCGAUGUAGUUUCUUUUCCUCUUUUAAACAAAAAAAGAAUGAACUCUCUACGACAAACCGCUAUUAAAAAUCUUGGAACGUACUUCAGGUGUAACUCUUAUACAUUGGAUUCGUCCGGUCUCCCGAAGAUGCCCUGAUCGUGUGAAAAUUGUAAUAGAAAUGACGGGUGCUUCGAGCACGCCGUUAGUGUUGUUAAUUCAGUAGAUGUUCCAAUUUUUCAUCGCUGAAUAGAAGAGCUGCAGUGUUAUCUGCGUGAAGCGAGGGGCGUUUUGCCGUCCUUUAAUCCCGUUACAUCACUCGCAAACGGUAAGUGCAGUGCUCAAUAGUGCUCUAACAAAAUGCAAAACCGGUCAUGUGUCGAGAGUAUCGCAACAUUCCUGUAAGUGGUUGAUUCUACCUCGUUUUUCUAGCGAUCCUCGCGAUUUCUUUUAAAGUCUUUUAAAUGUGUACAUGAUCAGAUCAAUGAGCUCCGUAUUUCAAACAUUUGUUUUAUUUAUGACUAACAUUGACAAAAAAAGAAGGGUUCUGAAUAUGGCUGCCGUCGACCGUUCUAGGAGCAUCUCACUGCACUGGCGGCUAGAAAGACGGGCGUUGAGCCUUAAGUCACUGUCCAUCGCAGACUACCACGUGGACUUUUAAUUACUCAAUAGCCGGAAUCCAGUGUCCCGACUAGUCCCAAGUCUCUCUUUCUAUAUCUUAAUAAUAUUUCUAACAGAAUGAUUCAAUGGUGUUACUAAUUCGAUCUCAAACUCCGGAUGCUAUCUGGAGUAACCUACUGUGCAUAAGUUAUGAGACAAAUGUCGAAGUAAGCCAUUUUUCACUAGAAUGAGAUAGAGACUUCAUUCUUUGGUCAUUAGAAAGAGCGAAGCCUCAGCUUCCAAAUGCAUGUUUUGAAAAAACACUCUGAUAAAGUUAAGUUAAUUAAAUAUAAAUGUUAAAAGAACAGCCCAAAACGGCUUAUUAAAAGACAAUUUUAAGUGAGUUAGACUCGCUGGAUCUACGCUAAGUUUUUGGAAGUCACGGUAAGGUGCCAAAUACGAUCAGUUCAACAGGUCGUAUCACUUUACUCUAUAUCCUCUGAAAUUUUCAGCUCCCCACCUCGUUGUAUGAUACUUAUACGGUAGUUUUAAAGAAGAAAAGCGCAAAAAAAAAGGUUGAUAAAUGUUACAAGGCGUUUUUGACGAUUCUUUUAAUAUUUAAAUUUAAUUAACUUAACUUUAUCAAAAUGUUUUUCCAAAACGGGCAUUUUGAAGCUGAGACUUUGCUCUUUCUAAUGAUGAAAGAAUGAAGCCUCUAAUUCAUUCUGGUGAAAAACGGCUCACCUCGACAUUUGUCUCAUUACUAAUGCACAGUAGGUUAUUCCUAUUAAUAUUCAAAUCUAUAUUUACUACAUCGUUUUUAUCCUCUUUUUGUCAGAAAUCUAUUGAAUGGAAUGAUUAUAAAUCGAUUUAUAUAUUAUCUUAUCUUAUUUUUAUUAAUUCAAAUAAUUGUUUAUGUAGAUUCAAAAGGAUAUUGGAAUAAACUUAUUUAUGAUGAUACUUCUUGUUUAAAAGCAUCAACUCCUAUUUAUAAUGAUUCAUUCUCUGUAUUUAUAAUGAUUAAAGAUCGAUUCUCCUAUAGACAAACGUUAAAAAAUUUUAUUCAUAUUUUAUAUAAUAAUUCAAAACAACUCAAAAACCAACCAGAAUUAGUAUUAUUUGAUUUUAAUAGUCAUAUUCCUGUACAAAUUCCUUCACCAUACAAUAAUAUAUCUAAAUAUCCUCAUAUUAAAUUGAUUCGAUUUGAUUGUUUAAUUCCUUGUAUUUCUAAAGAUGAAACAUGUAAUUUAUGUUUGUAUCCUUAUCAUUAUUUUAAUUGUUGGGUUGCAUUAACUUUAUCUCUAUGUCAUCUUAAAUACGAUCGAAUUAUACAUUUUGAAAAUGAUUUAUAUCCAAAUAAUUUGUUUAAUUUAUAUAAUUAUAUAGGUCCACAAAGUUGGACAUUUCGAACUCCUGAUAAAUAUUAUACUUUUAGUUUUUCAACAACUCGUAAAAUUUUAAUUGAAUUUUUAUAUGUAUUACCAGAUUUUCUAGUAGAAGAUGCUGAUACAUCUUUAGGUUCUGAUCAACCUUUUAUAUAUUAUACGAAUCUUACAAGAUGUCCAGAAUAUCUUCUACAUCUUGAACAUGAGGGAGGAAUGAAGGAUGGUGAUCCUGUUAAAUCACGCAUACGAAGUCAAUGGCGAUUAUAUUUAUAUUUACAACGAUAUGGUAAUCCUUCUGGAGGAAAUAUUCAAAAAGGUGGUAUUGGAGGAAAUAAUCAAAAAUAUUAUUGUAAUGAUAAGAAUAUUACUUGCAACUUAAUCUUUCGUAAAUUUAUUAGCUUUUGGGAGCUUUACUGUAUUAGAAAGAACGAUAUAAUUGAAUUAAGUAGUUUCGUUCAUCCACCAAGAGCUGUUAAACUGUUUAUGGAAACUGUUUGUAUUUUAUUCAAACAAAAUCAACCACAUGAAUGGCGUACAUGUCAACAUUUACUUCGUGAUAUAAAUUUCUUACAAAUGUUAGUAAAUUUCGAUUAUGAAAAUGGAGUUAGUGAUGAAAUAAUGCAAGAAUUAAAAUCCUACAUAGAUCAACCUGAAUUUCAACCAGAAACGGUUGGUAACGCAUCGGCAUCAGCAAAAUCAAUAUGUAACUGGGUACAUGCAAUUUAUGAAUAUCAAAAUAUAAAAAGGUCAAUGGUAUAA